UGACCCUGUGUGCGUAUUGACGUCAGAGCCAGCCCGUGAGUCGGGGAGUCCGUGGCGCCCACGUCAUGAUGGGACACCGUUCCGCGGCCUGUGGCCGACGCCGAGCCUGAGCCUGAGCCUGAUCCAGAGCCCGAGCCCCAGCCCCGGGAGAAGUAUGGAGCCGCCACCCCGUACCUUUCCCAGUUGAAUGUUUCUGGCAGGCGGUAAUCUGUGUCAUGGCAGUGAUUGAAGGAAUCGGUGAUGAGGUGACCAUACUCUUCAGCUUGUUUCUCAUGGUGUUGGUGUUAGUCCUAGCCUGGGCUUCCACUCGCACUGUGGAACGAGCUGAUCAGGAGCUACAACCAGCUGAGGAUCCCCCUGUAGCUGUCACACAGGAGCAGCAGACCCAUUGCACCUCUCCGCCCAACCACUUAUCACACCAAGGAGAAACUACAUCCAACGCAUCAGAGUCUGAAUGCAUUGCUGAGGAGUACAAGCAGAGCAAAGAGGAGGAGGAAGAGCUGAGCGAGGAGGAGGAGGAAGUGGAGAGGAAGGAGAGCGAGGAGGAGGAAGCAGAGGAAGAGGAAAGGGAGAAAAGGAGCGAGGAGGAAGAGAGAUCGAAUCAUUAUGAGGAGGUGGAGGCUCAGGAAAAAGCAAAAGGGAAUGAGGUGGAAGAAGAGACUUUAGCCAAACAUGAAACAUCUCCCACUGAAAAAGGAGCUGAGGGGCUGGAUACAGAUGAUGUGUCUGAAUUGCUCACCUCACCACUUGAUACUGCGCAGUUACGUCAGCGUCUGACCUCUGCUGGUGAUGGGGAGGGACUUGAAACUCUAAACGUUGGUGACCAAAGCUCAGACAGUGACUGUACUGAGGACAGCUUCAUAAUGCUGAGGCUAAAGUUUUUGAAUGACACUGAGAGAAUAGCUCGGGUUAGACCUGAAGACACAAUUGGAGAGAUAAAGAGGAUUCACUUCCCUCAACAGGAACAUCAGAUCCGGCUGAUCUACCAGGGGCAGCUACUUGGAGACGACACACGGACGCUCUCCUCGCUUCACAUUGUCAAUAAUUGUGUCAUUCAUUGCCACAUCUCGCAGAAUGCCACACCUCAGUCACCUGCAGGGAGUCACGCAGCUGAGCAUACUGAGACCACUCUCAAUAUUGGGGGCCUUAUGUUGCCAAUCUUCUUCCUCAUGCUUUCGGUGUUGUGGUAUUACCAGAUCAACUACCGGCAGUUUUUCACUGCACCUGCUACCAUCUCGCUUGUUGGCAUCACCAUUCUGUUCAGCUUUGUGGCCUUUGGAGCUUACAGGCGGUGAGAUUCUGACCACAGCCAAUCCUGGAACCAGUUACCAGAGCCACCAGACUUGGGACUGACAAGCUCUUCUUUUUAUCUAUUAAAUUCAAAAUGAUUUA